AUGGACGCUGGAAUGUGGACCGCCUGCAAAGAAUCUGCUUUGGUGUUGAUGAAUAAGAGACAUCAGAGCCAGAAUAUCCGGUUCGGAACUUUCCGAGACGGUGUUUUUGAUGUAGAUAUUCGUCGAGACCUCUUAUGCUUUCAGCUCUCAAAUGACGCAGACUGGAAUUCCGGGUGGGGAGAGCUGCCAUUCUGGAGAACCAGCUGGUGGCCUCCAAGUGGUAUUUUCAAUAUCGCGGUUGAAUAUGAUUCUUCCUGGGCUGUCGGUGUCGAGCUAGGCAUGGCUGCAGAUGCGCUGGAUGGCAUGCAGUAUGAGCCCCGGCCCCGUGGCUUCUUCCUGAGUAUUCUCGCAGGAAAGCGCGAUGAUUCCGCACCUCUCAUCUAUCUGAUUGAUAGAAGCAUACGUCGACGGCGGAAAGCACCUCACGAUCCCGGUUUUUUCGACGAGAAGUAUCGCUCCAAGGAACGAACAUUCGGAGUCGUGAAAGGCCUUCGCGAUGUUGCCGAAGAAACCUUUGACAUCCGGAAUGAAUGCUUUUAA